AUGUAUCUUGCACGCAGAAGAUGUCAUGGUUCAAAAUUCUAUAUACUGCUCUGGAUAACUUUUCUACUGUUCCAGAUCGCUUCGGCAAAAACUCCAUCACGUCGUGACAAUGAACAAUUUUUAAAAUCCCUGCUCGCUCCUAGAACUGCAUAUCUUCCUCAAUCACGUCGCUCACCUCUUGAACUCGGAAUACGGCAAAAUGAGCCUGAACGUGAUCCAAAAUGCCCGCCUUGUUUCGACUGCCACCUUAAAGAUUUUACAUGCUUGCAAUUUUCUAAUUGUAGUGAUUAUAGUGGAAGAUGUGAAUGCCCUCCUGGUUUCACUGGUGACGAUUGUUCGAUGCCAGCGUGUAGCUCCUUGGCAGAUGGACUUAAUCGCAAACCACGCGAUGCAGAUCAAUUUUGCCAAUGCUCUGAAGGAUGGGGAGGAAUCAAUUGUAAUGUCUGUAAUGACGAUAGGUCUUGCGAUAGUAUGGUAGCUACAGGGAUGAAUGGUACUUGUUAUAAAGGAGGAUUUAUUGUACGCGAAAAUUUUCAAAUGUGUGAUGUAAAAAAUAGGAAAAUUUUAGACAUGCUUCCUAAUCAGCCUCCUCAAGUCACUUUUUCUUGUAAUCGCACCACAGAAAAUUGUGAUUUUCAGUUUUGGAUCAAUCAAACAGAAUCAUUUUAUUGCCAUUUAAAUGGAUGUUCAUUUGAUCAGGAAAUUACAUCUGAUGGAAAUACUACAGAGUAUCAUUGUGAUGCAAUUAAAUGCGAGUGUGUAAUUGGGGAAAUGUUAUGUGGAAAAAGUGGAUCUAUUGACCUAUCUGAUUGGCUGGUGGAAGAAAUCAAAGGACCGGCCGACUUUAAAUGUAAAAAUACAAAUGAAUGUGAAUUUUCGGAACCGGCAAUGGAUGAACUAAUUUUAGCUAUCUUUGGUGAUCAUCACAUCUAUCUUGACUGUGAUAGUGGCGAGUGUCUCCAUUACACUGAAGUCCCCGGGUUCGAGAGACCACCUAAACCUGACAAUACACCAGUUAUUGUUUUGUCAGUCUUAGCAGUACUCAUUUUUGUUGCGGUUAUUUUUGCAGCUACUUACUAUUUAUCUCGAGAUCGAAAAUCAAAUGGGUCGUACGAAAUUUUACUUGACGAUGAGACCGCCAAACUUAUGGCGGAUCACACUCCAGCUACAUUACUUUUCAGAGAUGUCGGUUAUUAUGUCGGAGAAAAAGAGAUUCUUUCUUCAAUACACGGAGUUGUAAAGCCCGGGGAAGUUAUGGCAAUUUUGGGAGGUUCUGGUGCGGGUAAAACCAGUUUUUUGGACAUUCUUGCUCGUAAAAAUAAAGCUGGUGUUGUUAAUGGUGAAAUAUAUGUAAAUGGAAGGGAUGUUAAAGACGAGGAAUUCAAGAAAGACCAUCUACUUCCAACUUUGACUGUUUAUGAAACCAUAUUAUAUUCCGCUCUUUUACGAUUACCUCGUGAAAUGUCAAUCGAGGCGAAAAAAUUUAGAGUAGUUGAAACAAUGAAAGAACUCGGAAUUAUUGAAAUUAGAGAUUCCAUGAUAGGAGAUACUGGUACACGAUCGAUUUCGGGUGGAGAAAAGCGCCGUGUGUCGAUUGCUUGUGAGCUAGUUACUUCUCCAUCAAUUCUUUUCCUUGAUGAACCAACUUCAGGGUUAGAUGCUUACAAUGCUUACAAUGUAAUUGAAUGUCUUGUAACUUUGGCAAGAGAGUAUCAUCGUACUGUAAUUUGUACGAUUCAUCAACCAAGAAGCAACAUAUUUGCUUUAUUUGACCAACUAUUAUUGCUUGGCAAUGGCCACAUGAUAUAUUCUGGUGAAGCAAAUAAAUGCCAAUCUUAUUUUGAAAGUAUCGGCCAUAAAUGCCCUCCUGGGUUCAACCUUGCAGAUUAUCUCGUUGAUUUGACCAUGUACGCUGCAAGACAUCGUGACAAUACGGAUGAAAAUCAAGAUGCCAAUGGAGAUGCUUCUAUACCAGGAGGAACUCGACCUCAGCUUCCAUCCCGAAAUUCGAUUCACGAGAUUCAGGACUCACAGUUAUACGCCCCAUCUCCAUCUCGAACGUCAGAAGAAAAUGGAGGUUCUAUUGAAUUAAACAACCGGCGUCCAAGAGAAAACGACGCUCCAAGAGAAAAUAACUCUCAUGAUAUUAACAUGAGAGAAAUUGGUAAUAACAUGAGCGAACAUUUAAGGAUGUUAGUUGAAAGUUAUAAUACGAGCCAGAUUGCCAAUGGAGUUAGAUCUGAAAUAAAUCGUGCUGUAAACAGCAGCGAACAGAAUGAGCCAGUUUUAACAUCGGUUCAAGAAUCAUUAAGUUCUCAUCGCCUACUUUGUGGUGCUUUGUUCUAUAAGGUUACUAGUGACAUCGCUGGGUUCCAAAAUCGCAUGGGUAUACUAUUCUUCAUGUGUGCUCUUCUUGGGUUUGGAUGCUUGAGUUCUCUUAAUGUUUUCGCGGCAGAAAGAAUAAUAUUUGUUAAGGAACGGGCCAACGGAUAUUACGCUCCAAUCACAUAUUUUACUUCCAAGGUCCUCUUUGAUAUUAUACCAUUGCGUGUGGUACCGCCCAUUCUUAUGGGAAUGAUUAUUUACCACAUGGUUGGCUUAGUUCCUGGACUUACCGAAUUUUUCAAGUUUUUACUAGUUCUGGUAUUGUUUAACCUUACCGCAGCUAGUAUAUGCCUAUGUAUCGGUAUUAUCUUUAAAGAAGUUGGAGUUGCCAGCUUGUUGAAAACAAUUCCGAGUUAUUUGGCAUGGUUGAAAAAUUUAUCAUUUUUCAAUUACGCAUUUGAAGCUAUGCUUGUCAAUGAAGUUGUUUACCUUCAGCUGACAGAGGAAAAAUACGGACUACAAAUAGAUGUGCCCGGUGCAACUAUUUUAUCAACCUUUGGAUUUGAUGCUUCAGCUUAUUGGUCAGAUGUUACAAAAUUGGCCCUAUUAUUUAUGAGUUUCAUCACGCUUUCUUUUAUUUGUUUACAAUUAUUUGUGAAAGAGCUUCGUUAG